AUGUGGUCGAACAAAAUCGUUGCGCCACUGCUACUGAAGAGAUCGACUAGUACCAUCACCAGACUAGGGUACCCACGAUGUUUUCUCGAACAAAUUCGAUCACUGGCCAGCAUCACCACCACCAGCACUGUGGUUCCUCCUCAACAAGCCUCUCCCAUUUUGAAUGAACGGCCUCGACGUUCCCUGUUUAGUUGUCCAGGGGCUGCUCCUAAAUUUAUCACCAAAACCCAAACCUUAGGUGCGGAUGCCGUCGUUUUGGAUCUGGAAGAUGGAGUCGCUUUGGAAAAGAAAAAGGAUGCUCGAAUUUUAGUUACGGAAACUUUGCAAAACAAAGGCGCCUCCUUUGGAAAUUCCGAACUCUGUGUACGUAUCAAUUCAUUGGAUACGGGGAGACUGGCCUUGGAAGACCUUCAAUCCGUCUUGCCAUGCGAACGACUGGAUGCCAUUGUAUUGCCCAAGGUGGAGAAGGCUUCCGAUGUGGCUUUUGUCAGUCAAAUGAUGGAUUCCCUAUCACCGGCCAAUCGUGAUGUUCGGAUCAUUGCAGCGAUCGAGUCGGCGCUAGGACUUUUGAAUUUGCGAGAAAUUGCGGCUACCUCCUCUGAGGGACGGCUGGAUGCUCUCGUCUUUGCUUCCGAAGACUAUUGCGCCGACUUGGAAGCCAUACGCACGGAUUCUGCUACCGAGCUUUUGUUUGCGAGGUCUCAAUUGGUUACCACAGCCAAGGCAUACGGAUUGCAAGCCAUUGAUAUGGUUCACAUUCAAUUUCGGGACUUGGAAGCUUUAGAGGACGAAUGUCAACGAGGCAGGGAACUCGGGUUUACUGGGAAGCAAGCCAUUCAUCCAAGUCAAGUGGACACGAUUCAUCGGGCCUUUUCCCCUUCCAAAAAGGAUGUCAACUUUGCCACUCUGGUGGUAGACGAGUACCAGAAGACGACUGCAGAAGGCCAAGGUGCAUGCGUGGUGGAUGGAAUGGUAGUGGACUUUCCCGUUUACAAGUGGGCAGUGAAGAUAUUGAAACGUGCUAAAAACUCUGGUGUGAAACCUGAUCUAUGA